UGAAGUAGCUCCGCAGGGGAAGCCGUAGCCAUGGCGGUGGCUGUGGCCCUGGCGGGAGCUGGGAUCGGCACGGAGCUAGGUCCCGCCGAAGAACUCGCCAAGCUCGAGUAUUUGUCUUUGGUAUCGAAGGUUUGCACGGAGCUGGAUAAUCACUUGGGGAUCAACGACAAGGAUCUGGCUGAAUUUGUAAUCAGUCUUGCUGAGAAAAAUACCACCUUUGAUACUUUUAAGACGUCUUUGGUCAAAAAUGGUGCAGAGUUUACGGAUUCGCUAAUUAGUAACUUGCUGCGACUCAUACAAACCAUGAGGCCCCCAGCAAAACCUUCCACGAGCAAAGAUCCAGUUGUUAAACCCAAAACUGAAAAAGAAAAGCUGAAGGAACUCUUUCCUGUUCUUUGCCAACCAGACAACCCCUCCGUUCGGACCAUGCUGGACGAAGAUGAUGUGAAAGUUGCUGUGGAUGUUCUGAAAGAACUGGAGGCCUUAAUGCCCAGCGCAGCAGGCCAGGAGAAGCAAAGAGACACUGAACACCGAGACAGAACAAAGAAGAAGAAGCGGAGCCGAAGCCGGAGCCGAGAUCGAGACCGAGUCAGGGACAGAGAUAGAGACCGAGACCGCGACCGAGACCGAGAUCGCAACAGAGACCACAAGCGGAAACACCGGUCCCGCUCUCGAUCACGCUCCAGGACCCGGGAGAGGAACAAAGGGAAGUCUAGAUACCGGUCCAGGAGCAGAAGUCAGAGUCCACUCAAAGACAGGAAGGACCGAGACAAGUAUGGGGAGAGGAAUCUGGACAGAUGGCGGGAUAAGCACGUGGACCGCCCGCCUCCUGAAGAACCCGCCAUCGGGGACAUUUAUAAUGGCAAAGUUACCAGCAUCAUGCAGUUUGGAUGCUUUGUGCAGCUGGAGGGACUGAGGAAGCGGUGGGAAGGCUUGGUGCACAUCUCUGAGCUUCGGCGAGAAGGCCGUGUGGCCAAUGUGGCAGAUGUGGUGAGCAAAGGCCAGAGGGUCAAGGUGAAGGUGCUGUCCUUUACUGGGACCAAGACCAGCCUGAGCAUGAAGGAUGUUGACCAAGAGACUGGAGAGGAUCUAAACCCAAAUCGACGGCGGAAUCUUGUCGGGGAGACCAGUGAGGAGACCUCGAUGCGGAAUCCAGACAGACCGACUCACCUUUCCCUUGUCAGUGCCCCUGAAGUAGAGGAUGACUCCCUGGAGCGCAAGCGCCUUACCCGCAUCUCUGACCCAGAGAAGUGGGAGAUCAAACAGAUGAUUGCUGCCAAUGUCCUUUCUAAAGAAGAGUUCCCAGACUUUGAUGAAGAGACUGGCAUCCUCCCUAAAGUGGAUGAUGAAGAAGAUGAGGAUCUUGAGAUCGAACUGGUUGAGGAAGAGCCUCCGUUCCUGAGAGGACACACCAAGCAAAGCAUGGACAUGAGCCCAAUUAAAAUUGUUAAGAACCCGGAUGGUUCCCUGUCCCAAGCUGCGAUGAUGCAGAGUGCUUUGGCCAAAGAAAGGCGGGAGCUCAAACAGGCCCAGCGGGAAGCUGAGAUGGAUUCUAUUCCCAUGGGACUCAACAAACACUGGGUUGAUCCUCUGCCUGAUGCGGAAGGCCGGCAGAUUGCUGCCAACAUGAGGGGUAUUGGGAUGAUGCCCAACGACAUUCCUGAGUGGAAGAAGCAUGCUUUUGGGGGCAACAAAGCUUCUUAUGGGAAGAAGACCCAGAUGUCAAUCAUUGAGCAGAGAGAGAGCCUGCCCAUUUACAAACUCAAGGAGCAGCUGGUCCAGGCUGUCCAUGACAAUCAGAUCCUGAUUGUUAUCGGAGAGACAGGAUCUGGAAAGACAACACAGAUCACGCAGUACCUGGCGGAGGCAGGCUACACUUCCAGGGGCAAGAUUGGGUGCACCCAGCCCAGGAGAGUGGCAGCCAUGUCGGUGGCCAAAAGAGUGUCAGAAGAGUUUGGUUGUUGCUUAGGCCAAGAGGUGGGCUACACCAUUCGAUUUGAAGAUUGCACCAGCCCCGAAACAGUCAUCAAGUACAUGACAGACGGGAUGUUGCUCCGAGAGUGCCUCAUUGACCCCGACCUCACGCAGUACGCCAUUAUCAUGUUGGACGAAGCGCACGAGAGGACGAUCCACACUGAUGUGCUUUUUGGAUUGUUGAAAAAGACAGUUCAGAAACGGCAGGACAUGAAGCUGAUUGUCACCUCGGCCACGUUGGAUGCAGUGAAGUUUUCUCAGUACUUCUAUGAAGCUCCUAUUUUCACCAUCCCAGGACGAACAUACCCAGUAGAAAUACUGUACACAAAGGAACCUGAGACGGAUUAUUUGGAUGCCAGCUUGAUCACUGUCAUGCAGAUCCAUUUAACAGAACCACCAGGUGAUAUUCUUGUUUUCCUGACUGGUCAGGAAGAGAUUGACACUGCUUGUGAGAUUCUUUAUGAAAGAAUGAAAUCCCUGGGACCUGAUGUUCCAGAGCUGAUCAUCCUUCCAGUGUAUUCUGCUCUCCCCAGUGAAAUGCAGACACGAAUCUUUGACCCAGCUCCACCUGGCAGCAGAAAGGUCGUGAUUGCCACCAACAUCGCAGAGACGUCGCUGACCAUCGACGGCAUCUACUAUGUGGUAGACCCUGGGUUCGUGAAGCAGAAAGUGUACAAUUCCAAGACAGGGAUUGACCAGCUCGUGGUGACUCCUAUUUCUCAGGCUCAGGCAAAGCAACGAGCUGGCCGAGCUGGGCGGACAGGCCCAGGGAAGUGCUACCGGCUGUACACAGAGCGCGCCUACCGAGAUGAGAUGCUGACCACCAACGUGCCAGAAAUCCAGAGAACCAACUUAGCUAGCACAGUGCUCUCUCUUAAGGCCAUGGGUAUCAAUGACCUGCUGUCCUUUGACUUCAUGGAUGCGCCACCCAUGGAGACCUUGAUCACAGCCAUGGAGCAGCUGUACACGCUGGGCGCCCUGGAUGAUGAGGGCCUCCUCACUCGCCUGGGUCGCAGGAUGGCAGAAUUCCCCCUGGAACCAAUGCUGUGCAAAAUGCUGAUCAUGUCUGUGCACCUGGGCUGCAGUGAAGAAAUGCUGACCAUCGUGUCCAUGCUGUCUGUGCAGAACGUCUUCUACAGACCCAAGGAUAAACAAGCCCUUGCAGAUCAGAAGAAGGCCAAGUUCCACCAGACUGAAGGGGAUCACCUCACCCUGUUAGCCGUGUAUAACUCCUGGAAGAACAACAAGUUCUCCAAUCCAUGGUGCUAUGAGAACUUUAUCCAGGCUCGCUCUCUGCGCCGGGCCCAAGACAUUCGCAAGCAGAUGUUGGGCAUAAUGGACAGACACAAACUGGAUGUGGUCUCCUGUGGCAAGUCCACCGUCCGAGUGCAGAAGGCCAUCUGCAGUGGCUUCUUCCGCAAUGCUGCCAAGAAAGACCCACAGGAGGGUUACCGGACACUGAUCGACCAGCAGGUGGUGUACAUCCAUCCUUCCAGUGCUCUCUUCAACAGACAGCCGGAAUGGGUGGUGUACCACGAGCUGGUGCUGACCACGAAGGAGUACAUGCGUGAGGUCACCACCAUCGACCCCCGGUGGCUUGUGGAGUUUGCCCCAGCCUUCUUCAAGGUCUCCGACCCAACCAAGCUAAGCAAACAGAAGAAGCAGCAGCGUCUGGAGCCUUUGUACAACCGCUACGAGGAGCCCAACGCCUGGAGAAUAUCACGGGCCUUCAGGCGGCGCUGAGAAGCCGUUUGUCUGCUUCCCGCAGCACCAGGCCAGGGCUUGGCUUCAUUCUUUUUAUAUGGAAGGCUGGGCUGAGUAUACAGCUGUGCUGUGGCUGAGUAUCUUAACUGGGCAUUUCGUGAACUUGACUGAUUUCUACCCUGGUAAAAUCGAAACGGGCGGUUAAGCCUGGCUUCACUGGAGCCUUCAAAUCCCAGGCCCAUGUCACUGGGAACAGCCAGGCCUCACAGCCAGCAUGGUGGUACAUGGCCUCACCUCCAAGGAAGGAAGAGGGGAUCUUGAGUGUCUGGCACCGGGGUGCAGUGAGGGCCCUAAUACCCUAGCUGCUGCUACUGGAGCAGAGUCACGAAGCUCAUUUAAAGCCUUGGCCCCAUCUCUUGCCCCUGUCUAGCCCCUACACUUUUUGUUUAACCUCCGGGAAAUAUUUAUUUUCUUAAGGAAACAAAAAUGGUUUUCUGUGGCUGUUUCUUAUAGCCGAAAGGUUAGGAUAUUGGCCUGGGCUUAGGGUAGAGGAGACUUAGUAUGUGGUCUCAGGGCAUGUGGUAGAGUUCCCUGAAACCAGAGCCUGGGCUGCUUUGGGCUGGGAGGUGAAGCUCAGCGUGGACCUCCUCUCCUGUCUUGUCUCUGGGCACUGCACUAGCCCAGCUCUGCUGCUGAUCACGUGGUGACCACGUGCCACAGGCGCUGCUGUCUGGCGCAGGGCGCUUGCAGAUGCUGCCUCGGAUCACAGCAGGCUUCCUGCCCCCUCUCACCGCCCCGCCAGGCUCAUGAUUGCAGCCUGCCCUCUUUUGAAACAUGCUAAACAGUAGCAUGGUUUUUUAUCCUUCCCCCGCUUCCCAAAUCCUCAACAGCCCCCCGCCCCCAACCCCAACACAACACCCCUGGUCUGGUUUGUGCUACCCAGCAUCUCAGCUUCGCUUAGUGGUUUCCUCUUGGCAUUCAUUUGGGGGUUGGCCGACUCCUGCCCCUCCCACAGGUCCCGACCAGGGUCUAUACUUGGAAGAAAACAACAGGCAGAUGCCGCCAGGCGGGUUGUGGGACUUUGGAAAAUUGGUGUCGAGGUCCACUUUGAGGAGGUGCUCCUGGCGUUAGGCGCACCCUCAGUGUGGCCUUGCUGCCGCCCCGGCUCCACACCAGUGAGUUCUGAAAGGAUAGAAUGCUGGAACUACCAGAGAUCUUCAGAGACAGUAAGAGACUAUAAGAGGCUCUAGAAUAGGAAGGAGUGUGGGCCGUCAUUGGGCAACAAACCAACCAUCUAAAGACACUUCAGAGAACGCAGAGGCGCGCAGGCAGGACAGCCUGCUGACAGCAGCUCCUGCCCUUUGUUGCGCUGAAUGAGCACCUUCUUUCUGAGUGUGCCUUGGGAAGCCGUGGGCAGCAAUUCAGGGCCCCGGAGCUUCCUGUGUUAACCUUGAAAGCCUUGUAGGGGGAGUCCGUGCUGGGAUCACAGAGGAAUCUGAGAGAAAUGGGGCCUGGGCUCCCAGUUCCCCCAACUUAAUUCCAGCCCAGGUCUAUCAAGUUCAGUAAUAAAAGUCACUUUAGUAGGCAGCUGCCUGUCCCAGUGGAGUGACCAGCACUGAGGGCAGUGGCACCUCAGAACUCGUGGCCCCCAAGGGGGUGAGGGUUUUAAGUUGAGGUUGAGCACCUCUGUGAGACAGUGGAACUGACCCUCUUUCUGGGUUAGGAGAACAGAAAGGGCCCCAGCUAUGUGGGUGUCCCUGAGCCUCUCUUCCAAAAGCUGGGGUCACCUCUCUGCUCUGACACAUGGCUGGGGGCUGACCUUGUGACUGUCCAUCAGGAAACAGCAUGUAGGCAACAGAGCGGAGCUGGCUCAGAGGGAGAAUUGGGCUCCCAGCCAGGUUGGGAAGGAGGGUUUGCCUGCUGCUCCCACACAAUGCAGCCCUUGUUUCUCCUUGAACGAGAAUUUCCCCGACAUUGAGUGACAGCCCUGAAGAGGAUGUGGGUCUUGUGCGGGGAGCUGGAAUCCUCUAGGCCAGGAAAGUAUAUUGGUCACUCUGACCCUGUGGAAGCCUAGGAGUUUGCUGCCCCUGUUCACGUGCUGGGCGUGUGCUUGUGUGAGGGGGAGUGUGAGCGCUGCUGCUGAGUCAGGCUCCUUGGUCUGGGGUUCACCUUGUCUGGGUGUUGGCUUUCUCCUCAGAGCGGUUUCCUCAAGCGUGAGGAUUUGAACAAAGCGGACACUGUGGGGAGUGGCUUGUGGCUUGUUAACGAACAAAGGGCAGAGGUCUCAGCCUAGAUCUUUCCAGGCUGCUGCUACUCCUCUCACUCUGCUGCUCUCACCCAUGUGCGCCCUCAGGGUUUCCCUCAUUGCACAUGCCUCUUCCCACCACAAGAGCCUGGCUUUAAUGUACAAUUACAUAUAUUUUUU